AGAGAGAGAGGACAUAAAGCGGUUGUACGAAACAUCUGUUUCUUGUCACCAAUCACAAUAGAACUUGUUAGUGAUUGGUCCGGGAGUAGGUAUCGCUGCGCCUAUAAAUAGCUGAAAUGGUAAAGUCGAAAACAGUAGUUCCCUGCUUGUUGCAGCGAACAGUUGUAACGUUAGUGAUCUGUUUGUUUAUAUCCAAAAGUUAACCGAUAAUGUCUGGUCGUGGGAAAGGAGGAAAAGCUAAAGCUAAGGCGAAGUCUCGUUCGAACAGAGCUGGACUGCAAUUUCCAGUUGGUCGUAUCCACAGACUUUUGAGAAAAGGAAAUUACGCUGAAAGAGUCGGUGCUGGAGCUCCAGUUUAUUUGGCUGCAGUUAUGGAGUACCUGGCUGCUGAAGUUCUCGAAUUGGCGGGAAACGCCGCACGAGAUAACAAGAAAACUAGAAUUAUUCCGAGACAUUUGCAACUUGCCAUCCGCAACGAUGAGGAAUUAAAUAAACUUCUGUCUGGUGUUACCAUUGCGCAAGGAGGUGUUCUUCCAAAUAUUCAGGCUGUACUUCUGCCAAAGAAAACUGAAAAAAAGGCUUAGACUUCAGACUAAUAACAUAAAUGGCCCUUUUCAGGGCCACAAAUACUUUUAUACAGGGGAACAUAUCUGUUUGAAAAUAAUUUGUAUUUUAACGUAAAUUUUUGAUACUAAAAGUAUUUGAUUAAAUGAAGUAAUAUUUAUUUUGUAUAGGAAUUCUAUAGAUUUGAUAUGUGAAUUUUUUAUACUAAAAGUAUUUGAAUAGUUAAAAUAACAAAUUUGUUAUUUUCUAUAAGAAUUUUAUAGGUUUAUACAACACGUGAAUUUUUUAUUUUUGAAAACUAUUGAGUAAUCGAAAUUACGUCUGUAACGCUACAUUAGGAAUUUUGAAUAUUGCAAAAUAAAUGUAUGUGGGAAGGAGAA